GAUGAUUGCGCAGAGAUUUGGUUGGCCUGCCUCCCCGCCGGCCAUCGCAACGUCAUACAACUCCAUUGCUACUUUUUUUUUUUGAACACCAUUGCUACUUCUGCUUCCGACUCCCAUCUUCACGGAUUUUUUAAUAUCUUUUUUCAUCGUGUUUUAUAGCCAUUGUUCGAUUUAUAUACCGAGCUCUAUAUUCUUCUAGCCUGAGGAGGCUACUCUACAGCACAGCGUGCGAAUCGCUGUACGAAUAGAUACUUCAACUUCUCAGGUUUCUCCCUCUCUCCCACUCUCUCCUGUCUCUGCUUUGAUUCGAUUCGUCCUGGGUGUUCGAUUCCAUUUCUUGGUAUUCAGAAUCGGGGCGUUGAAUAAAGAUCGUAAAAAACAAGAGCAGCGGUGUUGUACAGAGAAAGAGAAUGUUUGCUUCCGCUACAACGGCGAGGGGCCGCCUUAGUGCUCCUGGGCUUGUCCUCGAGUGCAAGAUUCCGUCUCCGAGUGUUGGCGCUGGCGAUGCCACUCUCCUACGUUCUUACCAUCCUCGUCCUAUUAUGCUUUCUCUUCGCAAUUCAACAAACAUUAAUCCGACUGUCUCUAUCAAUGGUGGUGGUGGUGAUCGAUGUCUUCCCAACAGCAACGGAAACCGGGAUGUCAGAAGAACUCGUCUCAAGGCCUUCCUUUUCGAUUCACCCUCUUCUUCCCCCGGCAGAGCUGCUAGACCUUACCCUCUACAUCGUAGUUCCAUGCUGAAUGGGCGCCUUUUGUUCUCAACCUCAAUUUCCAACUCUGAUACCAAUCAAAAUGAUGCAACUGUAGCCCCAAAGCUUGAAAAAACUAAGGUACCUCCCCAGAACGAAGUCACCGAUACGAAAAUCCUCCGGACUCUUGCUAGUUUCUUAUGGAUGAGAGAGAACCCCGAAUUCCGUCUCAGGGUCCUCGCUGCCUUGGCUUUUCUCGUUGGCGCCAAGAUUUUGAACGUUCAGGUGCCCUUCCUCUUCAAGCUUGCUGUCGAUUGGCUUACAACCGCAACCGGCAAUGCUACUGCUCUCGCUUCCUUUACUACCGCCAAUUCAAAGGCUUUAGCCCUUUUUGCCACCCCAGCUGCUGUUUUGAUUGGAUAUGGGAUUGCGCGCUCGGGUGCUUCUGCUUUCAACGAGUUGCGGACUGCUGUGUUUUCUAAGGUGGCUUUGCGAACAAUUCGAUCUGUAUCUAGGAAGGUGUUUUCACAUUUGCUUGACCUCGACCUUCAAUAUCAUCUUAGUCGAGAAACAGGUGCAUUAAAUAGAAUAAUUGAUCGUGGGAGCCGCGCAAUAAAUUUCAUUAUCUCAUCUAUGCUGUUCAAUAUUGUACCCACCAUCUUAGAGAUAUCUAUGGUAUCAGGUAUACUGGCGUACAAGUUUGGAGCACCUUUUGCGUGGAUUACUUCUCUAUCAGUUGCUGCAUAUGUCAUUUUCACGUUUACCGUGACACAGUGGAGGACUAAGUUUAGAAAGGCCAUGAAUAAAGCUGACAAUGAUGCAAGCACAAGAGCAAUUGAUUCACUUAUUAAUUAUGAGACCGUGAAAUAUUUUAACAAUGAAGCAUUUGAUGUUGAUAAAUAUGAUGAGUACUUAAAGAGGUAUGAAGAUGCUGCUUUAAAAACACAACGUAGCCUUGCAUUUUUGAACUUCGGCCAAAACUUUAUAUUUAGCAUGGCUCUGUCAACAGCCAUGGUAUUAUGUUCGCAUGGAAUUAUGAAUGGCGAGAUAACAGUUGGUGAUUUGGUCAUGGUGAAUGGGCUUCUCUUCCAAUUAUCGCUUCCACUGAAUUUCCUGGGUGGUGUUUAUCGAGAGACCAUACAGAGUCUCAUUGACAUGAAGUCCAUGUUUCAGUUACUGGAGGAGAGGCCUGACAUUAGAGAUAAAGAUGAUGCAAAGCCUCUUAAGUUGGAUGGAGGAGGGAGCAUUCAGUUUGACAAUGCACACUUUAGCUACUUGACGGAAAGAAAGAUUCUUGAUGGGGUAUCUUUUGUUGUACCAGCUGGGAAAAGUGUGGCUAUUGUUGGAACUAGUGGCAGUGGCAAGACAACGAUUCUUAGAUUGCUCUUCAGGCUUUUUGACACCCAUUCUGGAAGUAUAAGGAUAGAUGGUCAAGAUAUUCGUGAGGUAACUCUUGAGAGUCUACGGAAAUCUAUAGGUGUUGUGCCACAAGAUACGGUACUUUUCAAUGACACAAUAUUUCAUAACAUUCAUUAUGGUCGUCUUUCAGCAACCAAAGAAGAAGUGUAUGAUGCUGCUCAACGUGCAGCAAUUCAUGAGGCUAUCAUGAGCUUCCCUGAUAAAUAUUCUACUGUUGUGGGGGAACGAGGGCUGAAGUUAAGUGGCGGUGAGAAGCAGCGUGUGGCACUAGCUCGUGCAUUUUUGAAAGCCCCUGCAAUUCUGUUGUGUGAUGAAGCUACAAGUGCUCUGGACAGCACAACAGAAGCAGAGAUUUUAAGCGCAUUGAAGUCUCUAGCAAAUAAUCGAACUUCAGUCUUCAUUGCUCAUAGGCUUACCACUGCAAUGCAGUGUGAAGAGAUCGUAGUUCUGGAGAAUGGGAAGGUUAUUGAACAAGGAUCCCAUGAAGUUCUCUUGUCAAAGGCGGGAAGAUAUGCACAGCUGUGGGGACAGCAAAAUAACACUGUGGAUGCACUUAAUUCAACCAUCAAAUUGGAGGCAUGAAUGUCCUCCCUUCUUCACCUUUAGUUUUCUCAGAGAAAAAUUAUAGGAAACGUUGUAAUAGGAAAUGGAACUUAUAUAAUCUCUCUUUUUUGUUUAUUUGACUUCAUUCUGCAUAAACAAUGUUCAGAAUCGAUAUAUAUUGAAGAAAAUUCCUACUUGAGUCUU